AUGUCUUAUAAUUCUAAUUUGUAUAAUAAUUUUCAAGGCAAUUUUACAUUCCACGGUAAUUAUCAUCCCAUCCCUCCACCUAACUUUUCUUUCCCACCACCACCUCCCCCUCCAUCUAUGUUUAUACCAUCUAUAAUCCCACAGCAAACAGACCAAGAUUUUAUUAAAAGCUUUGCAACAUCUAUUAUUAAGAGUUGUAAGGCAAAGAAACAGAAAUCCAUAUCCAUAUCUAUAAUACGUGAAAAAAUUGUCAGUCUUGUGCUCACACUAGAUGAUUUAAAAAAGACCGAAUAUAUAUUACAAGAAGGAGUCAAUAGUCUCUCAGACGAAGAAUGGAAAGCCCAUAUGAAUAAAAUUGAAAUUAAGAAAGAGUCUAUUAAGAGAAUAUUAGAGAGUGUAAGUGAUGAAUAUUUAGAUACAGCUAGAAAACUAUUAACAAAGAGAUCAUCCAAGAGGCUGCGUUUAAAAAGAGUCAAAGGGGAAAGAAAGAGGGAGAAUCAAGAAAGAAUUCAGCAAAUGCAGGAAAGAUCAAGAAAGAUUGAUGAAAAUUUAAAAAAAAUUAAGGAUGACAUUGAGAAAGCUAAGCAGGAAACUGAAGCCAAACUUCAUGCCGAUGUAGUGCUAAAAGAAGUGAUGAGAAAGAAGAAUGAUGCUAAAAAGUGUAUCACGAAACUUGAUGGUCUAGUUCGUUUGCGUAAGGCGCGUCUGAAUACAGCUAAGGGCAGAGGAGUUACAGUAUCUGAAAAUGAAACAACAGCAUUCAAUAGCAAUAUAGAGAAACUUAAAUUGCUCUGGUCGCAAAAAUUGGCAAUCUAUGAAAAAGAAGAGAGUGACCUCCGUGCCACAUUAAAGCAGAGCGUAGAAGAGAAGGAUUUGCUUGAGAAUGAAACAGAAAAAGAGGUUAUACAGAACUUGAAAAAAUGGCAAGAGUUGUUGUUUGGUAAAAGUUUGCCACAAGUAGACUUCAAUGGAGAUGUCGAGAAAUUUGUUGCUAGAAGGUGUCAAUGGGAUCAAUUUAUUUGCAAUGAGGGGACGGCAUUACCUGUGGGGUGGGUUGUACCCAAGUUGGAAGAUUGA